UAGUACAAGUAUGAUUAUCCUGAUUUCGGGUCGGGUCGCGUUUAGAUCAUGUGCGCUAACGGUUUGCGAUCUACUGGUGCAAAGACAUAACUUAGUUGAGAAUAUUAAUCAUUACCGUACGACAUAUGCAAACAAUUAAUUCUGACAUGCCUUAAUCACGACAGACAUGUAUAUAACUGCUCAUAGUUUAACACUCGUAUACCAAUAAUGCCGUUUUAGUAUUUUUAGUAUUGAACUUUCAAUUCGGUUAUUAAUAUUAACUAUGAUAGCUCCCCGAAAGCACACAAAAUUAAAUAAAAAAAAGUUUUCAGCCACAGUUAAUUUUUCAGUCAGUGUGGAUUUUGCAAUUACCAAAACUAUAUAAUAAGUUGAUGAUCCUAAGGGGGUUUAGGCCAGUUUGAAGUAUAGUAUACAUGAUAAACAAGUAUAUAAUAUGACACAAUUAAAUAUUAAUUCUAUAGCUAUUAUUGGGGCUGGUCCAGCAGGAAUUGCUUCCUUGUAUGAAUUUCUUCAUACUAAUAAAGAUGGAAGUUCAACAGCAGGAGGUGAGCAAUCAACAAAUCCUAAGUUCACUAAGAUUGUUGCGUUUGAACAAAAAGAUAAGGCAGGAGGAAUUUGGGCUCCAUCUUUAGAUAAGGCAGAUUUACCAAUUCCACCCCAAACUAUUUUAAAUACUGAGAAAUAUAAUUUACCUGAUGUUAUUCAUCCAGUUCAAGAUAUUCCUCAAGAUUUAUCAAAAGCAACAGUUGAAAAUCCUAUUAGUUUGAAAGAAAAUUUAACUACUAGUGAAUUAGAAUGGAGAAGAUCUGGUGUAUUUCCUGACUUGUUCACAAACAUUCCUACAAGAUUCACAAGAUUUUCUUAUGUUGAUAAUGAACCUGAAUAUUUAGAUAAAUCAAGACCAAUUUAUCCAUUCUUAUACCUUCAAGAAUUAGUUGAUAGAUUUGAAAAUUUCAUUGAAAAGGAAAGACUUUAUGAUUAUAUUAGACUUAAUUCAACUGUUGAAAAUGUAACUAAAACUGAAGAUGGGAAAUGGUCAAUAACUGUUAGAGAGAAGGAUUCUGAAAAGAAUACUGAAAAAUGGUAUACUGAAAAAUUUGAUGCAGUAGUUAUAUCUAAUGGACAUUAUACUGUACCAAACUUUCCUCAUAUUCCAGGUUUAGCUGAAUAUAAUAAUAAUUUCCCUGGUAGAUUAAUUCAUACUAAAUCUUAUAGAAGUGAAGAAGAAUUUAGAAAUCAAAAAGUUUUAGUUGUUGGGGGUGGUAUUAGUACUAUUAAUAUGUUACAAUACAUUGUUCCAGUAGCUAAACAAGUAAUUAAUUCUAAACGUGGACCUCAUUUAGUAUUUGAAUGGAUUAAUGAUGCUUUAAAUUCAACUGGUAUUGAACCAAAGCCUACAAUCUCCAAGAUUGAUCCUCAAACUGGAGAAUUUUUCUUUACUGAUGGUACUAUUGAAAAGGAUUUUGAUAAAGUAUUAUUUACAACUGGUUAUCAUUAUCAUUACCCAUUCUUAAGAGAUCAACAUUUAAAAGUUAUUGAUCCUUCUAAUAUUUCAAGAGUUGGAGGUCUUUAUUACAAUACUUUCUCCAUUGAUGAUCCAACUUUAGCAACUGUUGGUGUUGCAGUUUCUACAUUAAAUUUUCAUACCAUUGAAGCUAGUGCUGCAGCAAUUGCUGGAGUUUGGUCAGGGGUGAGAACUUUACCAUCAAAGGAAGAACAAUAUAAAUGGGAAGAAGAUUUAGUUAAAGAUAGAGGAAAUAAUAUAUUUUUCCAUUAUUAUACUCAUCUUAAAGUCAAAAAGGAAUUUAUUGAUCCAUUAUAUCAAUAUGCACCUUCUGGUAGAUAUCAUCCUUUAGAAAAGGAUGAAGCAUACCUUAAUGAAAUUGAAGUAGGUAUUAAUUCAAUAGAGAAAUUAUUUUAUGGAUUAAAAGAUAAAACUUUACCAAAGAGUAAAACUGUCUUACCAGUAUCUGUUGCUUAAUUAUUUAGUGGUAUUUAGUGGUAUUUAUUUAUUUAUUUAUCUAUCUAUUUAUUUAAUAUAUCUUGUCUUAGUAGAAUGUAUGUAUAUGCGAGAGCUUUAUCUAUGAAUUUAUUGUGGAUAUAUUGCGGUAAGGAUGUGCCAUCCCAAUUAGGUAAAUGCCCCACAGAAAUCCCUAAAUUGAAUGGAGACAUGUAAUCAUCUGAGUACAAUUCAUUACAACUGUAUAGCUGGAAUUUGCAACUACAGGGCAGGAU